CUUGAGAGAAACUGUAUAAAACAUCUCAAGCAAACUCACUCACGCCACACACAGAAUUAGAAAGUGAAACUUCAUGAGCAAGAGAGAGACUCAGUUUUAGUUUCUUUCUUCCUCAAACUUCAAUCUCUUUUUAAUUCUUUACCUCAAAAUUUUAUCUUUUUUUCAGAUAAAUUUUUUAGUCUCAGAGAUUCUGUGAUACAUUUCUCAGCUCAAACUCGACGUGGAGUUCUGUAAUUGAGAUCGAAGGUUCGCGAUUCUGAAAGGUUAGUGAAGUUGAACGUGAUUAUAUUUCUCGGGAACCAAACAUUCGAGAACAAGAAUUUCAAGUUCAAUUAGAUAAAAUAUAAUUCAAUGCAAUAUCUGAUCGAUCUGGCCCUGGAUCUGACUUCUGUAACAAGCAUUUGAUAUAAAAUAUCAAAAAUUCUUAUCCGAAACGAGAAAAUUGUUUCAGAAUUCGGCGAAUUUAGCUAAGAUAUCACAUCCGUCAAGAUUUAUGGAGCUGCCUCAACAGCAACGUCUGUUCGAAGCCGAAGGAAGAAAACCAACACAUGAUUUUCUAUCACUGUACAGUCAUUCAACUCUCCAACAAGAUCCAAGACCACCACCACCACCUUCUUCUCAAGGUUUCCUGAAAACGCAAGAUUUUCUACAGCCACUUGAACGGGUAGGGAAGGGUGGUGUAAGAAAAGAAGAAGCGGCGGCGGAGGUUUCGUCUCUAGAAAAGCCUCCACCGCCUGCACCACCGCCACCACCCUCAGUGGAGCAUAUUCUUCCCGGAGGCAUUGGAACAUACAGUAUUAGUCAUAUUUCUAAUUAUUUCAAUCAAAGAGUUCCGAAGCCAGAGGGUAGCCCGAUAUUCAGUGUAGCUCAAGCAAGUAGUGCAGAUAAGAAUGAAGAGCAUUCCAACUGCAGUUCUUAUACUGGGAGUGGGUUCACUUUAUGGGAAGAAUCUGAAAUUAAGAAUAAGGGAAAGACAGGGAAGGAGAAUGUAGUUGAAAGAUCCAAUGUUGUCAGAGAAGGCACGGGGAAGACAGGGCACUGGACGACGUCGGAUAAACCGUCUCCGUCCUCCACGAGCAACCACCGCAAUAGUUUCACCUCUCAGCCAUCAGGACAGAAGAGCCAGAGCUUUAUGGAAAUGAUUAACUCAGCAAAAGACAGCACGCAGGAUGAUAAUUUGGACGAGGAGGAAGAAUUUAUUUUGAAAAAAGAAAUUUCUUCACCAAUUCAUACAGCAGGGGAGUUGAGAGUAAAAGUUGAUGGGAAGAGCACUGAUCAGAAGGCGAAUACGCCACGAUCAAAACAUUCUGCCACCGAGCAACGGCGGAGAAGCAAAAUAAAUGACAGAUUUCAGAUGUUGCGAGGACUCAUUCCUCAUGGUGACCAAAAAAGAGACAAGGCAUCAUUUCUAUUAGAGGUUAUCGAGUAUAUUCAAUUCUUACAGGAGAAAGUGCAUAAAAAUGAAGAGUCAUACCAAGGGUGGAACCAUGAACCUGCAAAGUUGGUCCCAUGGAGGAACGGUAACUUGCCUGCAGAACGAGCCAUUAAUGCAGGUUCUAAUCCUGCAUUAAUAUUUGCUGCGAAAUUGGAAGAGAAAAACAUGAGCCUCUCUCAAACCAUUCCUGGAACUAUACAGAACCCGGUGGAGCCUGAUGUGAGCCCAGAUGCCACCUUCAGGAUGGAACACCACCCUGGAAUGCGCAUUCCGAAUAAGGAAGUACCAUUUCCUGUGACACUGCAGCCAAAAAUUUUCAAUUGUGGUAGAAAUGGCAGUCCUGUUAUUCAACUGCCACCUAGACUAACAUCUGAUAUCGAAAACACCGCAACUCAGCCCCAACCCCAAUCUAAUCAGACCAGAUCAUAUACCGCUGAUGGUUGUGAUAAGAAGCUGAAAGAAGAGGAGCUGAGCAUUGAGGGUGGUACAAUUAACAUCUCAAGUGCCUACUCUCAAGGGUUGUUAAAUACUCUGACACGAGCACUGCAGAGUUCUGGAGUAGAUUUAUCACAGGCCAGCAUCUCGGUGCAAAUCGAUCUCGGAAAACGAGCAAAUAGAACAUCCAAUGUUCCAACGUCCAUUCUUAAGGAAAAUGAGACUCCUUGUAGCAAUCAAGGGACAAUAAGGCCAAGGGUAUCCGAUGGAGAAAAUUCUUGUGAUCAUGCCCUAAAGAAGCUGAAGACAAGUAAAAGCUAGGACAACUAUGUCAUACUAUGAUUAUUAAUGUUAUUAUUUUUAACUCAAUUAAUUCAUUUUUUUAAUACCCCUUUUGCCAUUAAAUUGGGGGAAUUAUUCAUGUCUUCUUCUGGAUUAUAUGAACUAGCUAGCCAGUUGAGACCUAAGAGGGAUGAAUGUACAUGUAGUUUUUUUUUCUUUUUUUCAAUUUAAGGGACACAUGGGAUGAGGAGCUUUUCAAUGAAAAUGAAGGACAUUGAAUGAGAUGAAUAAAUAGCUCUGAAUAGUUUCAA